AUGAACAUCAAUAGUCCGCAUCCGUCGGUGUUGGGAAGCAUCGGAGGAGGUACGCCGGCACAUGGACCAGCGUCAGUUUUGGGGGGUCCCGGUUCAGUACUGGGACCUGGAUCUAUCAUGGGACCAUCUAGCAUCGUUGGCCCAAAUAGUUUACUUGGACCGUCUUCUGUUAUUCCUGGGUCUCAUCAAGGACACAGUACUCAUGGGCCAGGUUCUAUGGUAAGUUUCGCGUCAGUAGAUCGUGGCAGCAAUAUGAACCUGAACAUUAAUCCGUCUUCAGUAGUCAACGUCGGCGGUAACCCUGGAUCUGUGUUUCAGGAUAUGAAUCCCGGUUCUGUUGGCCAGAACUUAUCAGUUCCUAUGACUCCACUAAAUUUUGAACAGCAAAGUUACCGAGACGCAAGCCACAUGCCAUCUUCGAAUUUACCAGCUGCCAUGAUGCCUGCCACUCCAGCUAGUGCCAUCGACAUUCCUAUGCCAACACUGCAGAAUAUUGUGUCCACAGUGAACCUUGGUGUUACCCUUGAUCUAAAAAAGAUUGCCCUUCAUGCUCGUAAUGCGGAAUACAAUCCUAAACGUUUUGCCGCUGUCAUUAUGCGAAUACGUGAGCCACGAACAACAGCGCUGAUAUUCUCGAGUGGGAAAAUGGUCUGUACUGGUGCUAAGUCAGAAGAGGCUAGCAGGUUAGCAGCCCGUAAAUAUGCUCGAAUUGUGCAGAAAUUAGGAUUUGAUGCAAAGUUUACGGAGUUUAAGGUACAGAAUAUGGUAGGUUCGUGUGAUGUUCGUUUCCCAAUCCAACUGGAGGGAUUGUGCGUUACGCAUACUCAGUUUAGUACCUACGAGCCGGAGCUUUUUCCCGGCUUGAUAUAUCGUAUGGUGAAGCCUCGUGUUGUGCUAUUGAUUUUCGUCUCUGGCAAGGUUGUAAUUACCGGUGCCAAAUUCAAGAAGGACAUUGACGAUGCUUUCAGCCAAAUUUAUCCAAUAUUAAAAGGUUUCAAGAAAUGA